AUGACUCAAGCACUAUAUGCAUGCUACAAAAACAGGAAGAUAAAGCUUCAUCCAUUGUACAAAAGAUCAUGAACUGCUCAGCACAGGCCAAAUUAGAAAGUUACUUCAAGAAAAGGAAUGGGCAUAUUGAUAUCCUAAUGGAGGCAAUCCAAAAGCAGUGUGCAUCUCUGCCUGAGACCGCCUCAGAGAUCAAAACGGUCAUUGUGAAAAUAGCUUACGACAGUGUUUCCAAAGUGUACCUGGAAUGCCUGAUGAAGACAAAGUUUAGAAACCUAGAGCAGUGUUGGGGAAAUGCUGAGGAAAAGAUACAAGAGGAUGUUCAGCAUUUUCACCAAACAUUCGCUGAACUGAAUGGCAUUGUUGCCCAGCAGAACCAGCUCCUUCGGAGAAUGAGUGAAGUUUUACAUUGCAGUGAUGUAGAAGCACUGAAGAUUACCUGUUGUGAUUUGUUCAGAGAUUUCCCUCAGGAGAGUGAGCAGUAUAUACCUGGCCUGCUGCGCUGGAAGGGGGUGUUUUCAGAGCAACAGGUGAGGGAAGUGCUAGAUGUGACCCGGGAUAUGAUCCAGGAACUUGGCCUGUAUCCAGUUCGCACACGUGUUACCCCUUGUCCUCUGAAGGGACUUUUUUGUUUGAACCUUUUAUCAGGGGAACAGGCAUCUGAAUACAGUUCACAGCAGUCUGGAGUUCCUGGUCUCAUUGCUCUAGAUGUUGACGCACAUAACAAGAGAGUGCUUCAUACUCUCAGAAAGAUUCUGAGUGACCAAUCAACCCCUGAGGACGUUGACCCUGCAGUUGAGGAGUUGAACACCUUGUGCAAACUGAAUAACAACUACUCUCAAGACUGGCUUUGUGAGUACCUUCAGGAAGUAGAUCAGUUUGUGGAGAAUGACUUUCCCACGCUGCCAGCAGAGGGACCACGAGGAUCUCAGUUAGAGCAAAUACAGGACUUUCUAAAGAGAACACAGGGCAUGAUACAUGAUGAGGUGCCUCGAUUAACAACUGCACUGAAAGAUGCUGGGCUGCUAGAUCAUCUGAUGGACAGUUACAGCCGUCACAUCUUUACCAACCUGGACCUGCUGCUAAACAGAGAUCUGUCUGUAAAAGAGAUCUUCUGCCUUCUACUGUGGGCAAAAGAUGUUUUCUUCAGUUCAGACUCACAGCAUUUCUUCAGAGUGCACGACCCUCUGCUGUUGACGGGAUGGUUUCAGAAAGCAACGGAGAAACUUCUGCCAAAUCUGCAGAAUGACAUCCACACGACUCUACAGAACAUCCUGGACUAUGAUGAGAAGCAUAGACCUAAUGGAGACUCAAUGGUUGAAGAAACUUUCAUCAGUGUUCACUUAGAUGUCACUCAGUGCCUGAAUGCUGUUAUUCAGAGUUCUAAGGAAUUUAGUCACACGCUGAUGUGUAUGGUAAAAACGCUCUGCCUUAAAGAGCUUUGUCGUUUUGUUCAGGAGUAUGUGCAUGUAGCAAAAGAAUGCCUGGAAAAAGAGCAACACCUGAAGAAAAAUUCUGUGCAUCUGUUACGGCUCAUCAGCACCUGUAGGCAACUCAGAUCUUUUGCUCCUCAACUCCACAAUCCGGAUAUAAAAAACAGUGACGACUUCUCAAACAUUAUCUGCAUGUUAGAGGAGAUGGAGGAUCACGUCCUGUCUAUUGUACAGAAGAUGAUGAAACACGUAGCACAGACGUUUUUAAGACAUUAUUUCAAAGAAGAAGGUGAGCAAAUUCAAGGGCUGACAGAGGCAAUCCAAAAGCAAUGUGCAUCUCUGCCUCAGACUGAAAAAGAGAUUCAGGAGAUCUUUGUGAAUGUAUCCGAUGACUGUGUUUCACGUGUGUAUCUGGAUUGCCUGAUGAAGAGUAAGUUCAGACAGCUAGAGAAGCGAUGGGGAAAUGUCGGACAAAGAAUGAGAGAGUACGCUCUCAAUUUUCACAACACAUUCACUGAACUGAAUGGCAGGGAUGACCAGAGGAACCAUCUCCUUCAGAGACUCAGUGAAGUUUUGCUUCACCAUGAUGUAGAAGCACUGAAGAUUACCUGUUGUGCUUUGUUCAGAGAUUUCCCUCAGGAGAGUGAGCAGUAUAUACCUGGCCUGCUGCGCUGGAAGGGGGUGUUUUCAGAGCAACAGGUGAGGGAAGUGUUGGAUGUGAGCCGGGACCUCAGCCUCGAUCUGAAGCCUAGACGCGUCACCUUGUGUGAAUUGGCCUUUCGGCCUAGCCCAUCCUCCAGCUCCACAGAUGCUAGCGAGGUCCCAUUUGUUAGAGCUGACGAAGCAGCAACACCGCAGGUCAAGUGA